GUAAUAGACCCACCUAUAUGGAAUGGAUAUGCCGACAUAACAGACCAUUGUGGACAUAGACGAUUUGCAUUCCUUGAGCCUUUUUCAUUCAAUGCAGAGCAGCCAUGGCCACAGUCUGUGAUGUUCAAAUCCACAUUAAUGGUCAAGAAACAUUCUUGCUGAAUGAGAAAAUCAUCACAAAAUUCUCGGAAAAUCUGAGGAAGAUCAUCAAGCAAGAAAAGCGAAGAACCCAGAUCAGGAAUUCUUGUAUUGACAUCAAUGAUUUUCCCGGAGGCCCGGAUGGGUUUGAAUUGGUUUCAAGAUUCUGUCACAAUAAUGGGACAAUCAAAAUCAGUGUAGCGAAUGUCUCUCUCCUCCAUUGCUGUGCAGUGUUUCUUGGAAUGACAGAGAAAGUUUCAUCUUGCAAUCUCUUGCAUCAAACUGAGAGCUUUCUUGAAGGAAUGUUUUACUGGUCUUGGAAUGACAUACUGACUUGCCUGAAGAGCUGUGAUUCUUUUCUCUCUCAUGCGGAUUCAUCUGGUCUUAUCCAAAAACUCAUGUCUUCACUUCUUGCAAAGGUUGCUCAGAAUUCAGAUAUACAUCUCUUUGCUUCAUCCUCUUCGUCUUCAUCUUCUCCAGAAACUGCAUCUGGGUUCACUCUCUCUUCAUCAACCCAAACUAAAACCAUUCCUGAACUUCUCAAAUCAUGUUCAUCAAGCAAAGCUUGGUGGUUUGAUGACCUGAUCAUUUUACCCCCAAAGAUUAUAGAAAGGUUUGUCAAGUCUUUUGGGGCUUAUGGGAGUAAUAAUAACCGUUUAGUCCUCACAAGAUUUCUCCUCCAUUACCUGAACAAUUGUGUUCAAUGCAAAGGUAAUUUGAAAAGUUCAAGGUCAGAGUAUACUGGUCUUGCCGAAACAGCUCUUUGUGGGGUGAUUUUGAUAAGAAAGACAGCAUUUUCUUGCAGGGGAAUGCUUUGGGUAUUGAGGAUUGUGUCUGGUUUUGGUGUUAACAAGGAUUGUAGAGCUGGGUUGGAGAAAUUGAUUGGUGGAAUGCUUGAUCAAGCAACACUGGAUGAUUUGAUGGUCUCUGGGGUUGAUGGGUGUUUUUAUGAUGUCAACCUAGUACUGAGAUUGAUUAGGUUGUUUGUUCAUAACGAUGAAGUAUCUGUACAGAAAAUGAAGAAAGUUGGUGGAUUAAUUGAUAAGUAUUUGGGAGAGAUAUCUCCAGACCAGAAAUUGAAGAUAUCAAAGUUCCUUGGAGUUGCAGUGAGUUUGCCGGAUUGUGCAAGAGACUGCUUUGAUGGGGUCUACAGAGCUAUUGAUAUGUAUCUUGAGUCCCACCCCACUGUAUCACCGGAAGACCGAUCUAGGUUAUGCAGAUGUCUAAAUUAUAAGAAGCUCAGUCUGGAAGCAUGCAAAGAUCUUGCAAAGAACCCUAGAAUCCCUCCGAGGAUAGCUGUCGAAGCACUUGCUGCCCAGCAUUCCAACAUAACUACCCAAGAUUAUGUCUAUGAAACUUUAAACACAAGCAGCACCCAUAGUGAGAGCUCUCCAGAAGAGAAUGAAGACAUGAGACUAAACCUCCAGAGAAUGCAGUGGAGGGUGGUGGAAUUGGAGAAGUUGUGUAGAAAGAUGAAAGGUCAGAUGUCUAGAGCAGCAGCAACGAGUAGUGUCAUGAUUGCUCCUUCCCACAGCACAGCAUUGCCCAGACUGUACUGCUGAGUCUGCUUACUCUUUCUCUCACUCUCUGACCCCCACAUACGUAUACUAUAUUGGCCUUUUCUUGUAUUUUUCAGUCAGUUUUUGGAGGCAAAAACUUAUUUUUUUUUUAAUUUUUUGGAAGUCCAUGGGAUUUGUUUUUAUUUAGGAAAAUGUGCAGUCAAUCAGUCAUAUAUGCGGGGACGGAGCCAAAAAAUUAUUUAUGGGUGAGCUCUUUACCAACACUAAAUUAACAAAGGA